GCUAGAUUCCGACAACAUUCGACCUGAAGAUCGCAUGGGGGACAAUUUCGCACAAAUCGCUGCAUACGUCGCUGCAGGGGCCUUCCUUCUGGGAACUUGGUUGAUCGUCUUCGUGAGCAACCCCGUCAAGCUCGGGUGGUUCUUUUGGCAUCCCAUACUCCAAAGUCUAUCCAUCUGCCUGUUGGCGUAUGGCAUCGUAACACUUCAGCCGACUUCGCAGCCAAGAACAAAGGCGGCAGGCCUUACUCGCCAUCAAUAUGCCAUACUCUGUGGCAGCUACCCUGCACUAUUACUCGGCACGCUGGCCAUCUGGUGGAACAAGACUCUGCACGGGUCGCGUCAUGCGACGACAUGGCACGGCAUUCUAGGCUACAUCAGUGUGUUCUGGGUAGUCGUCCAGGUCUUCAUCGGCGUUGGCAGCGUCUGGUUCAACGGACGUCUCUUCGGGGGCACCCCCAAAGCCAGGCUUGUAUGGAAGUAUCAUCGACUUUCCGGAUACCUACUCUACCCCUUGCUGCUGUUCACAGCAUUUCUGGGAGGCCUCUGGUCACACUUCUCUACCGGGAACACGGUGCUCCCUGUGCGCAUCGUGUUGUUUGGCGUAGCGCCGCUGGUGCUUCUGGUUGCUGUAUACGUGCGAGUGAGAUUGUCCAAAAUGAGUUUCUUCUAGUAGCUGGAAGAUACUUGUACCACAACUGUAAUAUAUGUCCGCGGGCGGUGCGACUUGUUACACGUACAAGGGUGAGGUUGACUGCAACGCCAUGACAUGGAACUUCGUAUGAUACGUAGUUCGGACUGGAAAAAGCAAAGCAGCAAACGUGCACGUCACAAGUCGUCUUCAUGCCAAGAGGGAGACAUUUACCGCCAUAUCAAUCACUCGCAUGGACUCGGGCGGGGGAGACGCGUAAACAGCGAGUACGGAGACAGGAAACCAGCAAGUGAAAUCGUCAUGGUUGGUGCGUAUCACAGCAGAAUCCAUGAUCGCUAUUAUGUAGUCCUCGGAGUGCUGUCAUGCGCUGUGUAAUAUUGUCAGUCACUCGACUGGACCUUCUAUGUACAAUGGCUGCGUACCUUUGGGCUAAGCCAUGCCAGAUGAUAGUCACCGUGUCUAUUAUGGAUGCAAGACUCCUCUGUAGCUCGUUGAACACCUCUGAUGACCGUAGCGCGUCG